AUGGCUACCACUGUCUUCGCGGCGGAUGAUAAGCAUGUCGACGCACAUGUUGGUGAAACAUCGGAUAACGAAGUAUACGAUGGAGCAAGCUCUGUCGACACUAUUACCGCCCUGGUGGCUGAAGAUCACAAACAUGACAUCAAACUACGAACAAUGUCUUGGCAGAAGGCGGCAUGGCUCCUCGCUGGUGACCAGGUCUGUCUCGCUAUCAUGGCACAAUCGUGGUCGUUAUCAGUUCUCGGAUGGGUUCCCGGUAUCAUUACCAUGCUUGUUGCCGGAGCUCUAUUCUGGAUCACCUCCCUCACCAUGCACAAGUUCAUCAUGAAACACCCGCAGAUCAAGGACAUCUGCGACUUUGGAUACUACGCUUUUGGAAGAAGCCGUAUUGCCUACGAGUUCACCGGCGUCAUGCUUCUGGCCAACAACAUCCUUCUCAUCGGUUUCCACGUCCUGACCGGCGCAAAGGUCUUAAACACCCUCAGUGAUCACAGCAUGUGUACUGUCAUAUUCUCUGUAAUUGCCAUGAUCAUGGGUAUUGUCAUGUCUCUCCCUCGCACUCUUCGCCAUGUAUCGUUCAUGUCCAUGUUCUCCGCAGCAGCAAUGGCCAUUGCAAUUCUACUUUUCCUCGUCUUCGUCGGCAUCGAGGACGCUCCACUCUACGGCUACGGAGGCGACUAUCCGACCCUAGGCCCUGUCAGAACCUACGCCUUCCCCCUCCCUGGAACCACCUGGGUAGCAUGCAUGAAUGCCGUGCUGAACAUCACCUUCCUCUGGGUGCCCCAGAUCCUCUUCCCCACAUUCAUCUCCGAGAUGGAGCGCCCUCAAGACUUUCCCAAGGCCCUCGCCGUGCUCGCCGCCAUCUCGGGCAUCCUCUUCAUCGUGCCCCCCGCCAUUGGCUUCCGCUACCUGGGCCAAUAUUCCACUGCGCCAGCAUUUGGCUCCUUGGGCGUUGUCGUCUACAAGAAAGCCUCGUUCGCAUUCGUCAUCGUGCCCACGCUCGUCAUCGGCGUUAUCUACGCUAAUGUGUCUGCCAAAUUUGUCUACGGCCGGAUCAUGGGCAAGUCGCGCCACGCGCAUAGCAAUACCGUCUUAGGCUGGGGCGUUUGGGGCGCCGUCAUGGUCGCCAUCUGGGUCAUCGCAUUCGUCUUCGCUGAAAUCAUCCCCAGCAUGGGUGAUUUCCUCUCUCUCCUCGGCGCUGCAUUCGACUCGUUUUUUGGCUUCAUAUUUUUCGCCGUUGCGUACUGGCAGUUGUUUCGGGGCAAGGGCUUUUUUACCAGUUCGUUCAGAUCGUUGAUGACUGUUGUCCAUAUCUUUGUUAUGAUUUGUGGGUUGUUUUUGCUGGGUCCUGGCUUGUAUGCUGCUGUCGAGGCUAUUAUGGCUGAUUAUGCUGGCGCGACUCGCCCGGCGUUUAGCUGCAAGAACCUGUCACUGUAG